AUGAAAUUAAAUUUUAUUAAAUCAAUAGUUUUUAGUAAAUUAUUAUUAUUAUUAUUAAUAAAUUUUAUAAAUGGAUAUGAAUAUAUAAAUUUCAUACCAUAUAGUAGUGACCAAUGUUCAGGUGAUGUAAGUAGUGAAGGUGUUGGAUAUGCAAUUGUUAUUGAUACAUGUUUUACAUUGGAUAAUGCAACUAGUCAUAUCGUUCAAGUUAUAGGAGAUAUGGUAGUUUGGAAAAAUUUUUAUGAUGUUCAAGGAGCAAUUGAUUGUUUGGUACCAAUUGAACAACCAUCGCAACAAGCUGAAAUCGGUGAUUGCAUACCAGCAGAUUUCACAUUCAAUUUAUACUUAAACCCAAUUUCAUCGCAACCAUUAUAUUAUUUGGUCAUGAAAUCCGAUCAACCAUCAUUCCAAUCCAACUCGUACGUCACAACAUUCAUGAGUGAAAGUUGUGAUGAUGAUCAAGUAUUAUUAGCUCAAUAUAUUAUGAACGAUACCCAAAUUGCCUAUGGAAGUAGAGCCAAUUUAAUAACAUUCUUCUGUGAUGAAAAGACUGGUUUACCAUUCACCCAAUUUUGUCCACCAGGAAGUGACGGUUCAUGUUUUCCACCAAUUGCAAAAAGUUUAGUAUGUUUAGAAACUUUACCAUUCUUUAAUAGUUCAUCUGAAGAAUUUCCAUCAACUAAUGGCGGAAGUUCAGGUUCUGUAGUUUCAACUGGUAAUCCAGGUAUUGGUAGUUCAGUAGUUUCAACUGGUGGUCAUAGUAGUUCUGGUGGUGAUGGUGGUGAUGAAGGUGGUAGUUCUGGUAGUUCUUCUAUGAAUACUGGUGGUAUUGAUACUGGUGGUACAGGUACUGGUGGUAGUGGUAGUACCGGUGUAACUAGUGGUGAUGAUGGUGAUAGUGGCAAUACUGGUAGUAUUGGUACUGGUAUUGUUUCAAGUGGUCGUGGUCAUUUUAAUGGAAAUCUAUUUUACAGAAGUGGUGGAAAUGGUGCUUAUUUUAAAUCAGAAUCAAUCACAGUCAAGCCAUCUAUAUUUUUAUUAUCGUCAUCUUCUUCUAAAACUUUAUAUUAUACAAAUAUUUAUUGUGAAUAG